AUGCGCAGAGACCAGCCGCUGAUUACUCAAACGGAAGUGAAUUACAGUCUCAAGUCUUCAGGAGAGUCCGCUGCAGCAUCCAUGGCGGUGAAUCCUCUGGAGGGUCUCAUGUCGGUUGCGGUGAACCAUCAGCUGGUCUCCAGCUCCACAGCCGAGCCACAGAGGCAGCAGCCCUGUGCAGCCGGCAGCCCAGCAUCCCUGCACGGAGACGGGCAGGGCAGACGCAGCAGCCGCGAGCCAAGGAAGUGGGUGUGUGGGUCCAGGUCAAACUCUGGUUCUGGUUUUGGGUCUGCGGUCCAGUCCAGGACACUGAGGGGUCAGCACUCCCCAGAAAACGCAGCGCGAGAGAGGAGCCGCGUCCGCAACCUGCGACAGGCCUUCCACAGCCUGCAGGCUGCUCUGCCCUCAGUCCCACCAGACACCAAGCUGUCCAAGCUUGAUGUUCUGGUUCUGGCCACGAACUACAUAGCUUACCUAACAGAGACCCUGGACCAGGGAGGGAUGCUGGCUGAGCACACCCUGCCCUCUCGGCCGGGUGGAUACCUGCAUCCUGUUAAGAAGUGGCCCAUGCGUUCCCUGCUCUACUGUGGCAGUGUGGGAGGGCUGCUGUCAGGAGUCCCAGCCAAUCAGAUGCCUGCUCCACUUGAACGGGACGGGACACACCCAUUGACCUCCACCUUAGAAGCAGGCAAAGAGUGA